AUGGCGGCUGAAGAAGAAAUCCUCAAGCUCUUUGAUACUUGUUGGUUUGAACAAGAAAUAUUCAAAUCUCUUGAAAUUCAAAUUUCAGCUAAUGUAACAACCAAGGAAGUUCAAGAAAAUACUCAUGAAAUUCAAGAAUCAGCAAAUAUCUUGAUGGGAAGAUCACAAAGUGAUUACUGUUUAAGCUUGGAUAAUACAAGUUUUAGUCCACUUGGGAAUUCUCCAACUUCUGUGAUUAUCACACAUAAUAGAGUUCAAGAACCAAUAAAAGUUAGUGACAAGAAGAGGAGAAGGAUUAAAAGGGAAGUUAAGGAAAUUAUUCGAAUUCGGAGAAGUUCAUCAGACCUUGAACUUGAAGAAUUAAAAGGGUUUAUGGAUUUGGGAUUUGAGUUUAGUGAAGAAGAUAAAAAUUCAAGAUUGGUUACAAUUGUUCCCGGAUUGGAGAAAUGGGGAAAAAGGGCAGAGGAAAUUAUAGAAAAUAGUAAAAAGAGGGAUGUAAAUUCAAGGCCUUAUCUUUCUGAAGCAUGGGAGAUUCUUGAAAAAAGAAAGAUGACUAAGAAAUUGUUGAAGUGGAGAGUUCCUGCUAUGAACAAUGAGAUUAAUAUGAAAGAUAAUCUCAGAGUUUGGGCUCAAACUGUUGCAUCAACUUUCAGAUAA